AUGGCCACAGACCCACAAGCCCAAAUAGCAAACCACCUCCUCACGACCAAAUCCCUUCCUGUUUCCCGCACCUGGCUCACCCAAUUCCUCUCCUCGCAGCGUGUAGCAACGACUCCCCUUUCCACUCUCACGCAAACCGCCUUAUUCCGAUUGCUAGCUUCCGAUUUUACAACAUCCCUCUCUGCAACAAACCCCUCACACAUUCUCCCGGAGGACAUUUCAGACCCCGCUAUAAAAGAACGGCACGUUUCCGGGCCGGUCCCGUUGCAAGUACUUGAUAUAGAGGAUAUAGGGAGCAGUCUAUGGAGCCAAGUCGAAGCAAUUGAGAAAAUUGAGCGGGGAGAAGAAACGCGUGGAAGAGAAAUAAUACACACUGUAACGCGCGACGAGACUGGGGAGGUUGAGGCUGUUAAUAAUAACACUAGUAACGCCUCUACGAAUGCAGCUGGAGCAAAUAGCAAUGCACCAGGAGCACAGAAUACAUCAUUCUCUAAUUCUGCUAAGGGUGGGACACAUCAGUUAGUGCUCCAGGAUGUGAAAGGAACAAAGGUGGUCGCAAUCGAAUUGAAACCUGUUGAAGAUGUUGGGAUUACAAAAAUGCCAAUUGGUGCAAAGAUGGUAGUAACCAAUGCAACAGUUGCGAGGGGGAUGUUGUUGCUUGAGCCAGACUGUGUUGAUGUGCUCGGGGGGAAGAUUGAGGCAUUGAAUAGGCAGUGGACACAGGAGAGGAAAAAUAGGCUGUUGAGUAGGUUGGAAGACCAGGCUGCUAUAACAGCUUCAUGA